CCCGAGAGCCGCGGAGAGCCGCCCAGCAGCCCGGCGGGACGGACGGACGCGAGUUUCUACCUGGAUGCAUGAGGUAUAGACGUGUCUGGCCCUUCUAAGAGCAGAGACCGGGAGCUGAAAGGACCGAGCCUGGAUAGGCCUGGGCUAGCCCCACCUGGUUCCAGGAGCAGAUCGUAGGCUUAGCCUGAAAAUGAGUGAGGAUGGGGUCCCUGAGGCGGCCUCCCCGCCGCCCGCGCCAGGCCAGCACUACUUUGACCACUUCUCUGAAGAUGACCCAGAGUACCUGCGCCUUCGCAACCGAGCCGCAGACCUGAGGCAGGACUUCAACCUGAUGGAGCAGAAGAAGCGGGUGACCAUGAUCCUGCGGAGCCCGUCUUUCAGAGAAGAAUUGGAGGGCCUCAUCCAGGAGCAGAUAAAGAAAGGCAACAACUCCUCCAACAUCUGGGCACUACGGCAGAUCGCGGACUUCAUGGCCAGCACCUCCCAUGCAGUCUUCCCGACAUCUUCCAUGAACUUCUCCAUGAUGACGCCCAUCAAUGACCUCCACACUGCUGACUCCCUGAAUCUGGCCAAGGGGGAGCGGCUGAUGAGGUGUAAGAUCAGCAGUGUGUACCGACUGUUAGACCUCUACGGCUGGGCCCAGCUCAGCGACACCUAUGUCACGUUGAGAGUGAGCAAGGAGCAGGACCACUUCCUGAUCAGUCCAAAGGGGGUUUCCUGUAGUGAGGUCACAGCAUCCAGUCUGAUCAAGGUGAAUAUCCUGGGGGAGGUGGUGGACAAGGGCAGCAGCUGCUUCCCAGUGGACGCCACAGGGUUUGGUCUGCAUGCAGCCAUCUAUGCAGCCAGGCCUGACGUGAGGUGUGCCAUCCACCUGCAUACGCCAGCCACUGCAGCGGUGUCUGCCAUGAAGUGUGGCCUCCUGCCUGUCUCUCACAAUUCCCUGCUGGUAGGGGACAUGGCCUACUAUGACUUCAAUGGGGAAAUGGAGCAGGAAGCUGAUCGCAUCAACCUGCAGAAGUGCCUUGGACCCACCUGCAAGAUCCUGGUGCUAAGAAAUCAUGGCAUUGUUGCUUUAGGUGACACCGUAGAGGAAGCAUUUUACAAGAUCUUCCAUCUGCAGGCUGCAUGUGAGAUACAGGUGUCUGCUCUGUCCAGUGCCGGGGGAGCACAGAACCUCAUUCUGUUGGAGCAGGAGAAGCACCGACCACACGAGGUGGGCUCUGUUCAGUGGGCUGGCAGCACCUUUGGGCCCAUGCAAAAGAGCCGGCUUGGAGAGCACGAGUUUGAAGCCCUCAUGAGGAUGCUGGACAACCUAGGCUACAGAACAGGCUACACGUACCGCCACCCCUUUGUCCAAGAGAAAACCAAACACAAAAGUGAAGUAGAGAUCCCAGCCACCGUCACAGCCUUUGUGUUUGAGGAGGAUGGUACCCCAGGCCCUGCCCUGCGGCAGCAUGCCCAGAAGCAGCAGAAGGAGAAGACCCGCUGGCUCAACACACCCAACACCUACCUGCGGGUGAAUGUGGCUGAUGAGGUCCAGAGGAGUAUGGGGAGUCCCAGGCCUAAGACCACAUGGAUGAAGGCUGAUGAGGUGGAGAAGUCUAGCAGUGGCAUGCCAAUACGGAUUGAAAACCCAAACCAAUUUGUGCCUCUCUACACUGACCCCCAGGAAGUACUAGACAUGAGGAACAAGAUUCGAGAGCAAAACCGACAAGAUGUGAAGUCAGCAGGGCCUCAGUCCCAACUCCUAGCAAGUGUCAUCUCAGAGAAGAGCCGAAGCCCGUCUACAGAGAGCCAGCUGAUGUCCAAGGGUGAUGCGGAUACCAAAGAUGAUUCAGAGGAGACGGUGCCCAACCCCUUCAGCCAACUCACUGACCAGGAGCUGGAGGAAUACAAGAAAGAGGUGGAGAGGAAGAAACUAGAACAGGAAGGAGAAAAGGACAUAAGCACAGACGAGCCUGACUCGGCUGUAAAGCCUACACCUGCUUCUGCAGUGCAGAGCCCAACUGAGACGGAGAUAAAGAGCCCCAUCGUCUCCCCUUCCAAGUCUGCAGAGGAUGCCAAGAAGACAGAAACCAGCCAAGCCACUACAGAGCUCGAAACAGUCAAGGCAGAAGGGGUGGUGGUGAACGGGAGGGAGGAGGAGCAGAGUGCCGAGGAAGUCCUCAGCAGAGGCCUGAGCCAGAUGACCACCAACGCUGACACAGAUGUCGAAACUUCCAAGGACAAAACUGAGUCAGUCACCAGCGGCCCCAUGUCACCAGAGGGCUCACCUUCUAAGUCCCCCUCAAAGAAGAAAAAGAAAUUCCGAACCCCCUCCUUCCUGAAAAAAAGCAAAAAGAAGGAGAAAGUGGAGUCCUGACUCAUGGCACCAUGGGCUCCUGUGUGCAUCCUUGCCCUUCUCUCCUGCCCUUCUCCCAACUCUGCCCCUGGAGCCCAGGGCCAAGGAGGGAUAGUAGGACCUGGGAUCACACUCAGGGGAGUUUAGAGAUGCCCCAGCAAGCCCUCAUUCUAGUUACCCCAGAGCAACCAGGUGGCUUAUCCAAGGUCACACAGCUAGUUGGAAGCAGAGCCUGCACUAGAGUUGGGCCUCCUGACUCCCAGUCUAGUGCUGUCCCCACUGUACGACACUGCCUAGUCCCAAGCCACUUUUGUUAGGAUGCUGCCUGCCAAGAUGAGCCCUGGGCAGGAAAGCCAGACAGGGCCUGUGAGCCCUCAGAUGCUUAGACUGAAUCAGACAGGCCAAGGCUUCCCCUGGAUAAGGUCCUACUCUUCCAGGAAUCUUGUCGCCUCUACCCUAAGAAGCCUUGCUUCCCUUUUGUACUCCAGGCAGAGAGUAUCUCCCCUGUAGCGCAAAAUUACCACAAAUUGUCCCAUCCCUUCUGGUAGAAGAAGUUUAAUCUUUGUUCCUCAGGCUGAUGGCUUAGCAUAUAUGUCCCCAAACACUGAUCCUGAGCUUUCUCCAUGGAACCUCUUAAGUGAUGUAUGGAAAAGCUAGCAGAUGUAAGAGCAAACCAAGCUAAGUCCCAUGUUUGAGGUGGUUUCAUCAGUCUAAGAGCCCGAGGCCUACCUGUUUGUAUUGUGAGUCUCAAGCACUUCAAAACUAAAUCCAAGUGUAGCAUAAGAAACUGGGGGAAUGUGAAUCUCCUGCUGGUGUUGAAUUAUAACGGAGGAUCAAGUCAGCACAGGAUAUGCAGUGCUCUUCUCACUUUGCAUGCUACACAGGGCCAUGUGGCUGCCCUGCCUCACUUAUCUGGCACUUACAACCCAGGAGCACUUGCCCGCAGAUGACAGCUGGCAUCUUACUCUUGGCACCUUGGCCUUGGCUCCUUUGAGCGCCCAGCUCUGUGUCACCAUGGGGGAUAGCAGAGGAAGCUCAGUAAUGAGUCCUUUGGGAUUAUUUCUCUUGGACCUGGUCUCAGAGAAAUUGGUCCCAGCCCUGCCACUCUCUGUCCAUCUUAAGGCCUAGUAGUGGCCACAGCUAUUUUUAAGUGCUAAUGCUGUUGUUUUUUUUCCCCCCAUAUUCUUCCAUGGGGUGUUGAUUAAUGAGCACUCUUGGCUCCAAGACAAUCCAUUCUCUUUAAAGCACAGUGUCUUCAAAGAACAUUUCUCCUUUUUGUCCUGACCAUUGUAAAAAAUAUUUUUAAAAGUCCUUAAUCGGUGAUAGUUUUCCAUUGUUGGGCACCUAGCACUGUGCAGGCAUCAGUUGUGUUACACCCUCUGCCCUUAGAACUCCUGUGGAUGCAUAAAAUUCCUCCCAUUUGUGGUAAGAAAGCUGAACUCCCAAAGGAAAACGACUUGUUCAGCAAGAGUUGAAGUCUAGAUUUGAACUCAAGUCAAUACAAAUCCUGAGCCCUUAUUGAUAGCUGUGGUGAGUGGACAACUUUAAUCCCCAAGAAUCUGUCAUCCAUUUCUGUAACUGGUCUCAACUGGUAGCACUUGAGAUGAAGGGUCAGGUCAUGACCUGCAUCCACCUGCAGCACUGCACACUAGUGAAUGUGAGCCGCAGGAGAUUGGUGCGGACCGCCAACACAGAAGCUUGAGCUUAUGGUUGAAGCAGGAAGUAGCACUCACAGGUGAAGGAGGGACAUGGGCAUGUAACCAAGGAAAACGCAAAUCUGAAAACCUAGUGCUGGUGGUGGUUGAUGCCCAGGCCCUGCCCUUUCUGCUUCUCUUAUGGUGGACAUCCAAAUGGUUAAGCGCAUGAAUACCUCAGAAAAAUCUGUCAUAUAGGACAAGCCUUUAAAAUCUGAUUUUUUGAUGCCUUCUUUAAGAAAAUAGAUUUCACAUUUGCUCAUUUAUUUCAUAAUAUUUGUGAGCCAUAAACGUCACAUCAGGCAUUAUUCUGUCAUUAAAAGAAAACAAUCAUUGUCACUGGAACAAUAAGCAAAUACCAGUGAGACAAGGGAGCAGCAGAGCACCACAGAAGUAGUAUUCUGUGUGAAUGGUUGUUGCUCAGAGAUGAUGUCAGUUGGCAUCACGUGGUGCAUUCUUGUUACUGUGUGAGCCUCAUGGAGGGGAAUGCCAGAGACUUGCUGCAGCAGUGUCCUUGGAUUCUAUGCCAUAAGUCCACCCCACAUUCACCAGCUUGUUCAUUUCUAUGCAGUCAGCAUGGGUUAUGGACAGGCAUGAGGUUGGGACAUGGUUCCUACCCAAAGAGAUUCAUGAGCAUAGGAAAUGAUCAACCAGCCUGACUGGUUGAUCUACAUUGUGGAGAGGUUUCUGGACCUGUUUCCUUGGAAAGGCAAGUAGCAGUAGGGGGAGGAUAAAUGGCUAUGAGAGACAAGCUUGUCUCCUGUGAUGUCAUACACUGGGGGCAUCUGUAAUGUGGGAGGCAUAUGGACAAGUUAGAGAACAGGCAAGGCACAUAGGUGGCACAGGCAACAAUGGUUGACCAUUCUGGUGAACAGAGAAACCUUUCUGAAAGCAAUGGCUGAGUUAGGUUUAUAAGACAAAUAGGUACUUUAUAGCAAAUUAAGAGUCAGCAGAUUAUCCCAUGAUGAGAAGAAAAUUUUCACAAAGGCAUGGGAAUAUGAAAUUUCAGUGUGUUCUGCUAGACCAUACAGUGUUGCCAUAACAUGACACAUAAAGCAGGGGACAUGUCACAGGUAGGCAGGACUGGUUCCUAAGGAAACUUGUAGACAGUGUGAGGGAUCUGGCAGCACUGUGGAUUUCUCAUCAGAGUAGAAUCAACAACAAACAUGCAUUGUGAAGAGUUCAUUGUAGAAGGUGUCUCAAUAGACAGCGGGUUGAAAAUAUGAGUGAUGUGAUGAGACUCUUCUUAAAUGAAACCUGUUUGAUGGCAUUAUAUUCUAUAGCAACAAGUAAGUUCCAGCCCAGAAUUUCCUUUCAUGAAACUGUUCAGAGAAAGCAUCUUAAGAGAGAUUUUCAAUGAGUCAAUGCUUGGUACUUGGUUUCCAAUUUUGUCUUGAUGUGGGAUUGCUGAGGAAGGUGUGGACACACAUGCAGUUCCCAAUUCUAUUUUGUUUUGAUAUGGAAUCAUUGAGAAAGGUGUGGACAUUUCUCUCACGCACACUUUCCCAUUGUAUAUGAAGGAUGCAGUGUGCUUAUCAUCAGUGCCAUAGAAACAGACAUGCCAUAGAAACAAAGCCAUCAUCUAUGCAGGUGAGAGGAAAGAUGUUUUGGGCACUGCAUAAGAGUUUGGUAUCUGAAGAGGGGAAAUGUUUGUGGGCUCAGAAUUUGCAGAUGUUGAGUCUGUUUCUAGUUGAGCCACUGUGCUUGGAUGUGGUAAAGGGUACAAAGACUUGAACCUGCAACCUGUUUCCAUGGAAAGGGCAGACAGAGUAAGGCAGAAAGGAAAAGAAGUACAUGGUUACAAGAAAACAAGCUUGGCCCCUGUGAUGUCAUGUACUGGGAGAAUCUGGGUUGUGGGUUAACCAAGCAGUCCUGUACCCCAACCCACACCUGGGCUCCUGGCCCACAAUCAACCAGGGUUCAGCCCCUCCUCAGCCAGGUUAUCGUCAUGAGAAUGACCCUAUCAACACUUGGUAGCAAGCAUGGGGUAAUUCUUCUGUGCACAGCUCAGUCCUUUUCAGAGGCUCUGGGGGUUUAGAUAUGGAGCAGGAGUUUCUCACUGUCAGACUCCAAUGUAAGGCACCCAGUCAUGGACAGCAAGUAUAAAACACUUAACCUGUGGCAUGGUUAUGUGGCAAGAUGUUUAGCACUGUCAUAACAAAGCCACUGCUCCUGUCAAUGUGGGCACAGGGGCUAGGGAUAAGACAUAAAGACACCCAGGUAAAUACCAGGUGGGUGUGGUGCCCUCCUAUAUUCCCCACCUAGGAGGCAGAGGUAGGGGAACCUCUGAGGCAAGCUGGCUCACUAGCCAAAUAGCAAGUGCUAGUGAGUCCCCAUCUCAGUACAUAAGAUGGAGAGAGAUUGAGGAUGACACUCAGUGUCAGGCUAGUUUUCAUGACACAUGUGCAGCGUGCAUGCACACACACACAUGAGUAUGCAAACAUGCAAUUUAAAAAAAAUGAGCCAAAAUGCAUAAUGCUCUAAAUCCACUUGGUUUCUGUAAGUCUGAAAGAACUAUUCAUUCAGUAGCAUGACACAUCUUUAAAAAUCUAAAAGGUUACAAGCUUGGACUUUUCCAGAGAGACACACAUAGAGACACAGCCCACCAUGGAUCCAUAUGCCAGGCCUUUCCUAAUUGUGACUUUGAUGUCCUAGUUCUAGGCCAACUAAUGAGUUUUUGGCUGUUGAACAGAUUAGAGAGCACCUACCCCUUGCUCAUUGUGGACACAUAUGCAGCUGCUUGGGGUGUUUCACAUAGUUGUAGUACUCUGGGUUCACAGAGUGUAACCAAACUCUCCAAAACCAUGAACUUCAGAAUCUGAGGACAGCUGAGGGAGUGGGGCCUAGGGGCAAGCAUAGUUGGUAGAAUGAAUGAUUUGCCUGGUUUAGUCCCCAGCACUUUAUAAACCAGGUGUGGUGGCACAUGCCUGUACACCCAUCGCUGGGGAGGCAGAGACAGGAGCAUCAGGAGUUCAAGGCUAUCACUGACUACACAGUGAGUUUGAGACCAGCCUAGGCUUCAUGAGACCCUGUCUCAAAAAAAAAAAAAAAAAAAAAAGGAAAGGAUAAAUCUAUGCUAUCACUCCCCACAAAGGACAGGACACACCCAGCUCAAAUCCUGAGAGUACACCAUGCCUGCUCUGCAUCUGUUCUAAAAGGGAGGAUAUAAUUCAAGAAAAAGGAGGACUGAGGUGGCUGGAGUGCUUCAAACAAGCCCCUGAGCUGUCUGCACAUACUUCCUCUUGCUCCAGUGUAAGGAAGCACUCUAGAUAGUGCAAUCACUUCCCAAGGUCCUAACCAGCCUCUCUACUUCGGUGAGGUAUAUUUUCUGUCAGAAAUGAGAGACUACAUGUCGAGCUCUACCAACAGAGCACACCCUAUUUCCUCUUUCCUCUCCUGGGAGAACCCCUUCACCCAACAGUCUGUAGAUAUCUUACUCCUUGGGUGUAGAAAAUACUCUAAAGAAAGUGGAGUUCUUUUUCUAGGAGCAAUCAGGGUUUGCUCCAAUUGGGAUGCUCCUACAAAAAGCUAGUGGCAUUAAAUUUUGCCAAAUAGAUGCUUAGGGCCUCUUACUGGCAGUACCUUCCCAAAAGUUGGGUCAUCGCUUAGAAUUUAGGGCCUGAGGUGGGGGAGCUAGGCCAUGCGAAACAGAAGGGAUUCAGCUGCAGCUGCUCCAGACAGCAAGGACAUCUGCUGUGCUCGGAUCCUUGGCCCCUUCUCCUUCCCAAGCACCAAGAUGAGGCUGGUCUCUGAGGGUACAUCCCUUAUCUCUUGGGUAAAGAUAAUGCCAGAGUUUGAGGGUGGUCUAAACUCCCCUCCCUUCCAUGGAACCAUCUUGUGUAACUUUUAAAAGCCCAACGAUCAAAUCUUCCCCUUUAAUAUGUCUCAAGAGGAAGAUGACUUUUGGGCCCAGGACAGAGGGCCACACUUGAGAAACAUCUCAGACUUUUAUACAAUGGGAAUAUAUUAUGGGAAACUCCAUCCCCUCAUUUCCACCCCACCUCAUGCCAUGUUGGUCUUGCUCUGUGGGUGGUUGAUGCCCCAGAAUUGCCCUACCUUUUACAAAAUUCCUGAGAUCAGCUAUGAGUGAUGAGUCCCAGGGUCUACCCUCUCCUGGGAAGAGGCCAGGUGGGGUGUGCCAGCCAGCCAUGAGUAUGGGAGGGCCAACAGGGUGGAAGAGGCCAGGCUGGCCAAGCAAUGCAAUGUCCUCUAAAAGCUUUGGGUGGUUUUGGUGAAAUGUCUGAUAAUCAUCAUGCAAGAGUGCUACCUACUGUCUUCCCUUGUAUAUACAUUGUCUGUGUUUGGCUUUGUCUAGUAUUGUGAGAUUUCAAAUAGGGGUUCCAUGUGAAUAUUCUUUCUGCUAUGACAUGCUUGUAUCCAGGAUUAUGCUUCAUCUUCACAAACAGUUUUGCCUUUCUCUAAACAUUUUUUGAGCAACUGAUGUACAGACAGAUCAGAUGGUUAGUCUCUUGGGCUUUUGUUUUGCAUUUAUAUAAUCUUUAUUUAUUUAUGGGUUGGUUUUGUAUGGUUUUCUGUUUGAAUCUCUGAGCACCAAAGCUACCCUUUGGUUUUCUUAAGAACUUUCCAAAGCUACUUCCUGGACCCUUCUGCUGCUUUGGUGUCUGUGUUUGGGGUGGUCUCUCUGCUCAUGGGUUUCUGUAUGUGUGCUGUGGUUUCACCUGCAGAUAUUACCCAAGUAAACCAAAUGUGCUUGGCUUUU